UCUGGUCCUCCCAGUCCUGCUGCUGCUGGUGCUGCUGGUGGUCCCCGCUCAUCUGAGGUAGGAGCGUUUUUCUGUCGCGGUGAUCUUUUCGGGACUAACACCAUGGGGGGACUAGAUGCGCUCCGGCAGUUUAAUUUGAUCAAAUGGCUCCGGGAAGAGGGACAGUCGAGGAAACUGAUUCUCUUCAUUGUUUUCGUCGCCCUGCUUCUGGAUAACAUGCUGCUGACUGUAGUCGUUCCCAUUAUUCCCAGCUACCUGUACAACCUGGAUGAGGCAACAGACACGUCAUUAAGGAACAGCAGCCUUCCACAGCAGAAUCCUGCAGGACCUUUCCACACUGUCGUGUCUUUGUAUGACAACUCUGUAAGAUUGUCAGGCUCCAACUCCACAACCAGAUCCACCAACGUGGUUCCUCCGACUCCAGGUGCAAAGCUGCUGCAGAACUCUUCCGACUGCCCCCAGUCCACCAGCAAGCUGCUCAAUGAAAAUGUGAAAGUAGGAAUGUUGUUUGCUUCCAAAGCCACUGUGCAGCUUCUUACCAACCCCUUCAUAGGACCACUCACAAACAGAAUAGGAUAUCAGCUUCCCAUAUUCGCUGGCUUCUGUAUCAUGUUUAUCUCCACUAUCAUGUUCGCCUUCUCGUCGAGCUACACGCUGCUGUUCCUGGCCAGAUCGCUUCAAGGCGUGGGCUCCUCCUGCUCAUCCGUGGCCGGAAUGGGAAUGCUUGCGAGCGUGUACACAGAUGAUGAGGAGAGAGGUCACGCCAUUGGGAUUGCUUUGGGAGGUCUGGCAUUAGGAGUGUUGGUUGGACCCCCUUUCGGCAGUGUGAUGUACGACUUUGUUGGGAAAACGGCUCCUUUCCUUAUCCUGGCUUUCCUUGCUCUGUUUGAUGGAGCUCUGCAGCUCUUUGUGCUUCAACCCACCAAAGUGGAACCAGAGAGUCAGACGGGGACCCCUCUGCUGACCCUCAUGAAGGAUCCCUACAUCCUCAUCGCAGCCGGUGCCAUUUGUUUUGGAAAUAUGGCUAUUGCCAUGAUGGAGCCAACGCUGCCGAUCUGGAUGAUGGAGACCAUGUGUGCCAGGAAAUGGCAGCUAGGCAUCGCUUUCUUACCAGCAUCCAUCUCCUACCUUAUUGGAACCAACAUCUUCGGCACAUUGGCACACAAGAUGGGGAGAUGGCUUUGUGCUCUCAUUGGGAUGGUGGUUGUUGGAUUCAGUGUGAUAUGUGUGCCAUUUGCCAGCGACAUCUAUGGCCUGAUUCUUCCAAAUUUUGGAGUUGGUUUUGCUAUCGGCAUGGUGGAUUCCUCAAUGAUGCCUAUAAUGGGAUAUUUGGUGGACCUGCGACACGUGUCUGUUUAUGGCAGUGUUUAUGCCAUUGCUGAUGUAGCUUUCUGCAUGGGAUUUGCUUUAGGUCCAUCCAUUGGAGGAUCCAUAGCUGAGAGCAUUGGCUUCCCGUGGUUGAUGACCAUCAUUGGAAUCGUGGAUAUUUUCUUUGCUCCUCUCUGCAUCUUCCUCAGGAAUCCACCAGGACAAGAAGAGAAAAUUGCAAUCUUGAUGGACACCAACUGCUCAAUGAAGACCAGGUCCUAUUCUACACAGGGGACGUAUUACCAGGGUGAAAACAUAGAUCCAGACUAUGACGAAUAUGAUUAACUGGACACCACCCAUGCAGGUUAACUCUUCAGAGGAUCUAUUUUGUUGUACAAAAAAAGAGAGAGAAAGAACACAAGAAAAAAAAUCAAUGAAAUAAAAGCCAAGAUAUUUCCAUGUGAAUGUUCAGCGUUCAGUUGUCACUGUUCAGUGUUCUCUUUGCAGUUGUUCUGGAAAAAACCAGUUGUUCUUGAUUUGUGGUUCCAAAUGCAUCGAGAGAUAUUUAUAGCCAACAGCCUUAUUCUAUAGCGAGAUGUGUCAAAAGCACUUUUUAAAAGCAGCAAGGUGCUGAACAGCGAGUAUGUUUACCUGCUGGAUCCUGAACACUCAUCUGUCUCUGUUCAUGUUUAACUUCUACCUGCUGUUCCUUCACUUCUGUCCAGAGUAUUAUUAGCAGAAUUUAGUGUUUGGGUUGGUGAAAUAAUGGCUCACUGUGUGCAAUUUUUCUUUUUUUAAAUCCAGGAAGAUUAAUCCAUCUAAUUGCAUUGAUGCUUUUACAUGUUCUGACUUUUGUUUUUUAUUUUGAUAGCACCACCAAGAAAGAUUAUUUAACACCUCUCAUGGAUGCUGAUGUUCAUAAACAAAUAAAGAAAGCCAGCAUCCUGUUUCUAGAAAAUAUAUCAAACUCUGCUGCAGACAAUUAUACACAGUCUGUCACAAUUACGUUGACUCUCUGCAGGCUUCUCAGCCAAUUCUGUAAGACUAUAAGUGUGGAUAUAACUAUUUAUACAUUCUCAAAGUGCAUUACGUUUGUUUUAUGUCUUCUCUAUCAUAACAGGGUAAUGUAAAUGUAAAUGGUUCAUCACAGCUCAUAUAUCUUCCUCUGUGUUAAACACUUCUGUUCUUCAUUCCCUCAGAAGUCAAGACUGCCCAGAUGGUUUGAAAUGUGUCCAUGAAGUGAAUUUGUGUCAGUAUACACUGAAAUUUAACUUGAAUUAAAAUAUAAACAAUUUAA